AUGGCAAAGAAGUCAGGACAGCCGCCGAAGAAGGCCACUUUCCUGGACCUCCCACCAGAACUCAGAGAUUUGGUGUGCAAGACAGCAAUCAGCCUCGCGACCCAACUCGAUCAAAUAGUCGCUAGCGGAAGACUCAAGGCCACGGAUAUCAUCCCGGUCGGCCAAAUUGUUCUCGAACUUUGCUCAGUCUGCUGCCUCAUCAACAAGAUGUUCUCAGGCCUGCGGCCGCUGUCAACACCAACGAUAGCAGACCUCAACACACACGCCAUCGACGAAGGGUGCUGUUCUUGCUGCUCAGUGCUCGACCUGAUGGACCUCGAUGGAGCAGUUCUCGGUAGCUUCUCAGAUGACGGCGACGAUGCUCCAGUGCCUCAAGAAACGCAAACGGCCGCUUUGAAGCUUGUGUUGAUCGAAGUGGAAAGAGUUAUCGACGCAUUGGACAGGAUUAUGGGAGUUUCGAGCAAGCAGUCGGUCGAGCUGAGGAGGAAACCGAGUCUUGAGUCCAUGGCGAAGCACAUCCGUCAAGGCCUCAAGAAGUUGCCGUUCUAUGGCAAAAAGUUCCCGGGUCAGAGUCAAUCACCGAGCAGGCUACCUGUGGGUAGGAGCCUUUCGUCUUUGUCGGGUCCAGUGCAGACACGGCUGCAGAAGGUCUCCUCGAAUGAGAGCUUCACAACUGCAUUUGAAGCUCUGGCAGAUGUGCCUUGCGAUCGGAAGGUGCGCUGA